UAAUGCGCAGAAGAUGAGCUGGAGGACAGGACUGUGAACCAAGUAUUUGUGCUGGUGCAUGGGUGAGUGUCUGUAUGCCCUGCCUGGCACAAACCGCGCAUGCCUGCAGUGUUUGCGUAUCUUGGACAGUGGCAUCGGCAGAGCCCUGGUGGCUCUGGCAGGACAGAUAAGCAGGGAGAGUGACAGACAGAAGAUAACGCCACGGCAAAAGGGAUGCACUCUCUCUCGCUUGCCCUCUCUGUCACGCCACAUCCUGUCAACAACUCAUCAGCGCCAUAACAGACGCUCUGGUCUCGCACCUCCAGGACCACAGGUUCCUUUCACAGACUUCAAAAGGCUGCAGGUUCUGCUGAGGUUUCUGCAGCCCCGCCUCCACCCUCAGAAACCCUGCCCCUGUCUCGCCCCCGCCCUGCCCUGCGCUCCUCUGUAGCAGCAAUGCAGCCUGGGGGCAGGAUGUGGGACCGGAUCCGGAUCGGGCUGUGUGUGCUCAGCUGCCUCCUGCUGGCUCCGCCGGGCUGCCUGGCCUUCCUGCCCAACUUCUGGUCCCGGGUGCUGACCCUGUCCUGGGACUCAUACACACACCAGUACAUGACCGAGCAGGCCCUGCUCAACAUCACGCUGGACACCCUGCGGCUGCUGCCGGCGCGUCGCCACGGCGACGCUGGGGACGAGGCAGAACUGGGCCGCGGGUUCUGGCGAGCCGUGCGGGAGGUGGUGCAGUCCAACGCGGCCAUGGACUUCCUGAGCACCACGCGGUCUGACCCGGUGUACCACUUUGACUCGGAGCGAAUCGAGGGCGCCAUUGAAAUGCUGCGGGAGUUCUGGUCUCAGACCCUGCUUUCUGCACGGGCCAGGGAGUACCAAGGAGCCAGAGGUAGCCUUGGCAAGCUGCUCCACUCACUGCAGGAUUUCUACAGCCACAGUAACUGGGUAGAGAUGGGUCAGACCUCUGUCUACCUUCACCUGCUGCACCCUGGAGAGCCCUCCCUACCUGUGGCCUCAGAGGACACGCCCACCUGCUCAGACUGUGACAGCAUCAUCUGCUGGAACAAUAUUCUGCCAGAACUGACCCAGAAAGAGCACCCACUGCUCACUACUGGUUAUUUUGGCACUGACCUCGCUAAACCCCCAGGUAAAUGCAGUCACGGGGGGGUGCUAGAUAGCAGCCGAGCACAGAGGGCUCGGGGAGGGAUCAACAAGGACAGCACCUCCCCCCUCUUCUCCCCCCAUCACUAUCUCCAUGACGACGCUGCGCGGCUCGCCAGCGCCGCCACCGCGGCUGUGCUACAAGACCUCAGGGACGCGGUGGGGGCCGCGGAGUUCCUCAGGCUGUUCAGCGUGAAACAGCAGCCGGCGCUGGUGUUUGUGAUGGACACCACAGGCAGCAUGUUCGAGGAGAUCACCGCCGCCCGUCGCCGCGCCCACUCCAUCAUCCAGGCCCGCGCCAGCACCCCCAAGCGGCCGGGCACCUACCUGCUGGUGCCCUUCCACGACCCAGCUGUAGGGCCUGUGUAUGAGACAGAGGACCCAGAGCGCUUCAUUCAGUACCUGGAGGACCUGAUGCCCCUUGGGGGUGGCGAUGAGCCUGAGAUGUGCCUCACUGCUAUACAGCUGGCCCUGACACGCAGCCCCCCUCUGUCUGACAUCUUUGUGUUCACGGACGCUUCUCCAAAGGAUGCAUACCUGUACAGCGCAGUGGAGGCACUGACACGAGAGAAACAGAGCAAGGUUAGUUUCCUGCUGACGGAGGACCCAGGCCACAUCAGGAGGGUUCGGGGUGUGAGAGAGAGGAGAGAGGUCUUGUCUCCAGACAGGUUUUCUCUAUACUCUUCUCUCUCCUCUGUGUCGGGUGGACUGACCAUCUUCACAACAAACUCUGACAUCUACAAUGUGUCCUCCAUUGUCCAGGACAGCAUAGUCGCCAGCAAGGUCACUCUGCUGCAUGUGGAGAGUGACUCUGUGUCGGUUUCCUCUCACUCCUUCCGCGUGGACAGUGCGGUGAGGACGGUCACUCUGCACCUGACCGGAACUCUGACCCACUGUGUGCUCAGCAGCCCCUCAGGUGACCAUCAGUCUCUCCUGGACCAGUCUGGUCCCUUGGCAGAAUUGAAGCAUUUUAAAGGACUGUACCGGAUCACCUUGCUGCCCCCGAUGGAGCCAGGGCAGUGGAACCUCAAUGCGUCCGCGGAGGGUCCCGUCACGCUCAAUGUCAUUGGUGACAGCAACAUGGACUUCCUGUACUAUUUUGCAGUUGAGGCCAAUGACACUCAUCCUGGGCUGGCCAGAGUGGAGGGCAGUCCAGUAGCAGGUGUGCAAACAUUUCUGGUGCUGUCUGUAAUGGGCUUGUCUUCCAAUGAGGAUGCUUCUUUCAGUCAUGUGACACUCCUGGGUGGCAACGGGGAGAGCCUGCUGAAGGUGCCACUCAACUCCUCGUCCUCUCCUUCCUCUGGGGAAGAGCUGGUUGGCUGGAUGGAGUCAGUACCCCGAGAACCGUUCUGUGUACGGCUGUCUGGAAAGGACGGAAGAGGGAACAAGCUGGAGAGGGUCUCCACAGAGAUGAUACAGCCCACUCAUGUACAGAUACAGGUCCUCUCUCCUCCUCACCUGGUUCUGGGGCGUCCCACCACAGUCAGUUUCGAUGUAUGGAACCAUGGCCCUGCCCGCCACUUCAUACUGACUGCCAAUGAUGAUCAUGGCUUCCUAACACAGAGAGGGCCCCACAGACUGUCAGUGGGGGAGAGGGCAGCAGUUAAGGGGGAGGUGGAGUUGAAGGCCCCAGAGGACACAGAGUCAGGGGGGGCUGUCACCCUCACACUCACUGUCCAAGCGCUAGAUUCCCCUGACGCGAACUACGCAGUGGCACUCCUGACCAUCAUGCCACAAACCCCCGAUAUGACCCCCCCUUCCUGCUCCCCGAUGCGCGUGGAAGCUGCCUGCCCUCCCCUCUGCAGCCAGGCCAGCUGGACUGUGUCUCUCAUGGUGGCCGACAGGGGGCGCUCCGGCCUGGCCGCGCUGCAGCUCUCCCAGGGCCAGGGCGUCCUGACUUUGCUCCGGGGUCGGAAAACAGGAACGCAGAAACCACGGCGACGGGAGGGAAAGCAAGGGCAAGGGAAGGCAGAUGGGAAGGGCACACUGGAGGAGCCCCGCCUCCUGCAGGGCCAGCCCCCUUUUAAUGUGUCCGCAUGGGCGGGAGGCGCGCCCCUGCGUGUGCGCUACACUGCCAGCUGCUGCGCUCCCCUGGCUGAGCUCAUCGCCUGGGAUGGCGUAGGAAACAUGAGGCGCUGCCAUUUGUCCUCCAGCCAGCAGAGGGAGACACUAGAGAGUAACAGCAGUAGUACAGCGCAGAAGACUGCAGUGACACCGCUAAUGUGGGGUUUAAUGGGAGCCCUGCUGAUAAUUUCAGCCCUUGUGUGACUCUGUGAUUCAGCUUUACCAGCAUGAUGGCAUUAAGACUCUUUUUGCUGGGCUGAAUCCUUCGUUCAAGCGUCUUAAAGUGCAAGCAAAUCCAAAACCCAAACAAGCCUCAUUGCAUUAUGUAUUGACCUAGCAGAUGCUCUUAUCCAGAGCAACUUACAUCAAUUACAGGUUUUUACAAUGUUAUCCAU